ACCUGGGCCGGCUUGAGGAGGGGACUCCCGGGCCGCCGAUCCCGCCCGGGCCUCGAGGGCAGGGGUCUCCGCGGGGCCUCGGGCGCCGGCCGCUGACCCAGGGAGGUCUGGUCGCGGAUGGCUGACAGAGCAGCGCACAGAGUGCCCAGAGCCCACUUCCCAGCCAGAGGUUGCCAGUCCCGGACAGCGUGCUGCACAUGUUCCUGGACACAGAGGAGGAGCCUGUGGAUGACCCUGAAAAGCAUGGAGGCCGGGUCCGCACCUUCCCCCAUGAGCGGGGCAACUGGGCCACCCACGUCUAUGUGCCAUAUGAAACCAGGGAGGAGUUCCUGGACCUGCUUGAUGUGUUGCUGCCCCACGCACAGACAUACGUACCCCGGCUGGUCCAGAUGGAAGCAUUCCACCUCAGCUUGUCCCAGAGUGUGGUUCUGCGGCAUCACUGGAUCCUCCCCUUUGUGCAGGCUCUGAAAGACCGCAUGGCCUCCUUCCAGCGAUUCUUCUUUACUGCCAACCGGGUAAAGAUUUAUACCAAUCAAGAGAAAACCAGGACCUUUAUUGGGCUCGAGGUCACCUCAGGGCACAACCAGUUCCUGGACCUCGUUUCGGAGGUAGACAGAGUCAUGGAGGAAUUUGACCUCACCACUUUCUACCAGGCCCCUUCAUUCCACAUCAGUCUGGCCUGGUGUGUGGAUGAUGCGCGUCUCCAGCUUGAAGGGCAGUGCCUGCAGGAACUACAGAAUAUCGUGGAUGAGUUUGAAGACUCCGAGAUGGUGCUGCGCGCCCAUGCCGAGCAGGUCCGCUGCAAGUCUGGAAACAAGUUCUUCUCGAUGCCUUUGAUGUGAGCAGCAAAGACCCUCAUCCCAAGCCAGGCAGAGAUGGAGGAACCAGCUCUAGUCCCUGGGGAGGCGCCCAGCCUCCCAUUGGAGGCCUGGUCUGGAGCACAGCCCUGACCGAGGUCCCUGGGUGCGGUUCUCACCAGGCGGUGGUUUGGGGCUGCAGGUCUCACCUGGCUGUGUGGUCAUUGUCAGGAAUCACCAGUAGAGGGCAGCCUGGGCUUCCUAGUUCCAGGUCUGUGGUCCUGCCUGGCACAGAAUAAAGUGAGGGUCACCCGGUGAGCCCACCCAGACUCAGCCAGAAUCCCCACCGUAGCCCUCCAACAAACAGCCCCUCUCUCACACCCUACCCCUCCCCCAUCAGCUGUUUGCAUUUGGAUGCCAUUGGCCUCCACGGGGUUCUUAAAACCAUCCUGCCCUGGCUCUUUGCUCACUCACACUGGACACCGUGUGCUUUAAUGGGUCUGUCCCCUCCCUUCCUGAAGCGGGUCGCUUUUAUUUAUUUAUUUUUGGUACCGCGCCCACCUCCAUGGCCAACAGAGGCCAUCUCAGAGCCAAGGUGCAGAGUCCUCAUUUGUGCUUCUGCAUCAGUUUUCCCCACCCCUGCCUCCCACUCGCCCCCAGCCAGGUGCCUGGGGAGCUGGGAGCAGAUGUUUCGUUUUGGCCUGGCUGGUGGCUCUAAGCCAGGCCUCCAACGCUCUGUGACCUCCAGCUUCUCACUUCUCAUCGGCUUUCCCAAAGAGGCAGAGAGGCGCCUUCCCCCAGUUCUCUUUCCACUGCCUCCUGCCGUGGGCUGCAGGCAUUCUGAGGGGGAGCUUAGAGGAAGGGGAGCUGCCCAGGGCUUUUAUUUUCCACCAGGCCUUCACCAGAGCCAAAGACCAGUCCUCUCAGUUGUCAUUUGCAUCUCUGGUGAUCGAGAAAGAUUUUUAUGUGCCAGUUUUCAGUUAUGUUCAAAUAAAAAUUUGUUUUAAUUUUGCA